AUGGCAGCUCACCGUGCCGACGAAAGCUCGUUUCUUGAUAAUCGCGGGUAUAAAGGCCCCUUGAUUCGUGGUGUCAACCCCGCCACACUCUUCGAAAAAGCCGUGCGUGACCGCAUCACCGAUUCAUACUACUGGAAGGAACAAUGCUUUGGUUUGAAUGCAGCAACUCUAUGUGAUCGUGCUGUUGAGCUGACCUCCAUCGGUGGCACAUACGGUGUUUCUGAAAAGCCAACUCCAUUCCUCUGUCUUGCUUUCAAGCUGCUCCAGCUUGGACCAGACCGCGAUGUCGUGCUCGAACUACUCAACUACACCGACCCCGGCAGUGGCGAGGAGGCAGAGGACCCAGAACACAACGUUGUCAAGAAUCGAGGCGAUUUUAAAUACCUACGCGCUUUGGCUGCGUUCUAUGUGCGACUGACCUUCGACGCGGUCGAUGUGUACAAAACACUGGAACCACUUCUUCUCGACUACCGGAAAUUGAAGCGCCGUGUACGCGAUACUUUUACACUUACAUAUGUGGAUCAAUUCGUCGAUGAUCUUCUCACCAAAGAUCGCGUGUGCGGUACUAGUCUGUGGAAGCUUCCGCCGCGAUCGCAGCUUGAGGAUUUGGAUAUGCUGGAUGAGCGCAUCAGCCCGCUCGCAGACGAGCUAGAGGAGCUGGACCGUGAGAACAACGAUGAAGAUUCCGAGAGGAGUCGGGAAAACAGUGAUGCGGGAUCUCCACCCAGGGAUGAAGAACCCAGGAGGGAAGAGGGUGAUGAUUGA